UCAUAAAAGACUUUAGAGUAGGCAACAGCGGACAUGGAGGAAUUGAGCGCUGUAGGAGAACAGGUUUUCGAUGCUGAAUGCAUCCUUAACAAAAGAUUAAGAAAGGGAAAGUUGGAGUUUCUCGUGAAGUGGAGGGGAUGGUCGUCCAAGCACAAUAGCUGGGAGCCCCAAGAGAACAUCCUCGACCCAAGAUUGCUGGCUGCAUUUACCAAGAGUGAACAAGAAAAGGAAAUUCUGAAUGGCAAGAGAGGGAAAAGGCCGCGAGGCAGACCUCGAAAAGUUGUGGAAACUGUGCCUGAAGUGUCAAAGUCAAGCAGCUCUUCCUCGUCCUCGUCGUCGUCGUCUGGUUCGUCGUCGUCUUCGUCUUCAUCAUCCUCCUCCUCGUCAGACGAUGACGAUGAUACAGACGAAGAAAGAAAGGCAAAGCCGGGUCCUCGAACACGAGAGCUCCACCCCGUCCCUCAAAAGAAAGCACAGAUCAUCGUGGCCAAGCCUGAGCCCCCAAGGAAGAAGAGAGGCAGGAGAGCCCUGCCUGCUGAGAUGAAGGCCAUCCAACAGAACAAGGGCCAGCGCAAGAUUAUAAAGACUGUUUCCAAAGACUCCCCUUCAGACUCCCGAGUUGGAAUCAAGAAACCCCUACACCCAGCCAGCUUCACUUUCAUGGGGUUGAACAGCAGAGGCCCUCUGGGUGCCCCUGGCAGAAGUUCCCUUCCGCAUGGUGGGGCUACUAAAAGCUUGCUGAGCACUACAGGUGCCGGCCGGUCAAAUACGUCCCCCUCUGUUAACCAGAGAUCCCACCAGAGCAAGAGUCAAGCGUCUGAUUUCAAACUGUCCGUCUCUGAUGUGGGCAGCGGAUCAGGUCUGGACUUGAAAGCCACCUUGAGCAAAUUGCCCGGAGUAGCAGCGUUGAAUUUGCAUAACCCCAAGCACACAACCAGCAGUGGUCAGCCACCGCUGGGUUCCCCCAACGGGCUGAAGAAACCAGAUGCCUCUAGGCAGACCGCGCUGAACCGGGUGGCCACGAAUCCACCUGCACUUCCAUUCCCCGGUCCUAAAGGCCCGUCAAACCAAGCUGCCAACCUUCAGGCCCUAAACCCGCAGGGUGUGAACCCUCCAGCCCAGGGCAGCAGUGCUCCGGACAGCGGCGCCAUGCCGGUGUCGAACCUGCGGAGUGCCGCCAACCCAGCGCGGAAAGCCGCGACCGGUCAGUGUGGUCAAGAGCCGAGUCCUGUACAGUGUCAGGCCAUGCCUGGCGGACAACAGCCCAGAAAGAACAAGCCGGGAGUUGACAAGCUCAAACUGGAUGAGACCAGCGAGGUAGGUGCCGCGGCGGAGAGGCAGUCCACGACAAGAGCCCAAGGGAGGGCGGAGAAGGGUGGCGUCCAGAACCCCCCCUCGGAGGCCAGGGUCAUGGAGGGCAAGCGGGAGAGAUCUACAUCCAAAGAUGGCGGGAAACAGGCCAAGGUCCUGAGUGAGAUGAGCACCGGCGAGGAGGAGAGCACCUCGGACUCUGACCAAGACUCCCCGUACCCGAGCAACGGUCGGGACUUGUCCAUCUCCGUCCAGGCGGGCCAGGACUGGAAGCCCACGCGCAGUCUCAUUGAGCACGUGUUCGUCACCGACGUCACCGCCAACCUGGUCACGGUCACAGUUAAGGAGUCCCCCACCAGCGUGGGCUUCUUCAACAUCCGGAACUAUUGACCGAAUUCAGGUCAUCGAGCGGGCCCGGCCGAGGGGUCGCCAAGUGGAGUGCAGAGGCCUUGAAGGAAGUCGAUAAGCUAGAGCCAUGUUAACGCACAGACUGUACGUUUUCCCGCUUCUCUUAGAAUUUGCUCGUCUGAAAUUUACAGGCUCACAUUUUCAUUGUUAGUCACGCCAUUUCAAUUGUUAUAUAUUGUUCACAUUAGAAAAAAAAACAAGCUAAUCAGCUGGAGAAACGAUUCAGGGCCAGGCGUAAACUAGUGGUAGCUAUUUUUGUAAGCCAUCCAAACAUUUGAUUAUAGGCCAUUUUAAAAAUGCAUCACAAUACUAGGCUACUAGUCCGUUUAGGGUGUUUAGAACAUUGGAUUUCAAUGUUAGAGUACAAAGCAGCCAUGGAACUCUAAGGGGUACAUUUAGUUAUAGGUUUGCUACCUCCUGUUGAUUCCGGCAGUGUAUCCAAUGUUUUGUAAGAUCUUGGCAAAAACAAGCUUGGGAUGACUGUUUGUAAAGAAUUGAAGCAGUUACUGUCAAUUUCACAAUUCACGUUAGUGUUCAGCGCUGUAGUUUUAUGAAGUGUAAAACUGAAACAAAUGGACCAAUAAUACUGAAACUACCUAUGGAAACUUCUUUGUUCCGCUAUGAGUGUUUCAGUUCCGGGACUACCUCUGGCUCUUAAAGCUACUACAUUAUCAGAGUCGGAAAGGCAAACCCGGUUUGAGCACUGAGCACCAAGUUACUUAAUCAGUUAAAAAGGAGUUUAAUUCCUCAGCGCAGCCAGUCUAUCAGAGGAGUGUUCCAGCUAGACUAGAGUAUGGGGGAGGAAGAUACACUAUCUGUGUUCCCUGGUGCUCAGAUAACGGCGGUUACUGAUAGAGGGUACCCCUUCUACUCCUCCACAUCCCCUCUGCAACGUUCACCAGCAACUGUAUUCCAGUCAAACUUAGGGCUGUAAUGGACGAGCCCAGUUAGCGAAUGCCGAUAUUGAGAUGGCCCGAUGAUGGACGGCACACCUGAUGCUGCUCCUUCCCUUGCCCAGUCAGUCACCCCCACCCCCCUUUUUUUGUGUGUGCCUUUUGUUAGCAGCGAUGGUGCACGCUGUGGGACGACACAACUAAGGGAAGGGAGACUGAGAAAGUCCAGCAAUGAACUAACUGGGCACCGGUGCCUUUCCCUUCUUGUUUUGCGACCUGGUUUUAAAGUGGUAGGUUCAUGUUGAAAUGCUGGAUACGUUCUUUACCCGCUUGUGCGCACAAGCAAACAGUCACGCCACAAUCUCCUUUCACGCGCCUGCUGGGCUCAGAGACUCAUAAUAGAGUAGGCUAUGCUACCCCACCCCCACCCCGAAUUAAAGUAAUAUUUGAAUAGAGAAGAAACACAACAAUGUGCUACUUUCUUUCUGCUCUGUAGAGUGUUCAACCACAGCACUUCAGCCCAACUCCUCACUAUAAUCAUACUUAGUAAACUGCUUUUCAUUAUGUUGAAAUGUUUCCAUGCAGAUGCAUAGCGUGUUUUUUGUUUUUUUUUACGUGCGGUUGUAUUAUGCUGUAGCCUAUGUGGUAGUGUCAUUGUUUACAAACACAACUAAAUGUAUUUUGGUGUAAAUUGUGGAGGGAGUUCACGGUUUAGUUAUUUGUGAUUUGCCCCUAAUACAGAUCAGAGAACCUAGGCAUUCGCCAGACAUGUUUACUAACUAGAUGGGAUUGGCGGUUUUAAGUGGUUGUUUUCAGUUUUUUUCAGUGGUUUCUGUAUUUUUUUAAUUUUAUUUUUUCUUUAUGAUCGCUAGAUGCCUUAAACACUUAAUGGUUAUCUGGACCUUGGGAUUUAUGAAUUUUCACUGAAAUAUGUUCAUAUGCAAACAUUAGUGCCCGGAUGAAUCAAAAGCCAAAGUGAUGGCAGAAAACCUGAGAAUGAAGUUCUGAAUGAAGACUAGAUUUUUGAUGGUGCUCUUUGGUGCAAGUGCCUUAGUAGGUGAGAAAUGACUCUCUACAGGGUUUCUAAAAGCCUUUUGACUGUUGAUGGGGUUCACGUUCCUUGGGAAUUGAGGCAGGGUGGGAUGAUGGGGGAGUUAAAACUGGAUUGUUUUUAAAUGUUUCAUUUUUUUGACGUUUGCUGGAGCCAGACUAUUCCUGUAUCUUGUUGUUGUUUUCCUCUCUGCAUUUCGUAAAACUGUCAAAUGAGGGACUGAGUAAAGGUAUAAAAGUUGUUGGCCUGUUGUCUUACAUAUUUGUACAAUUCUUUUGAUAUACUAACCGUUUCACCAGAAGGCUGUAUUCUUCAAACUAUUUAUUUAAAUGAGGUCUUCAGGAUAGGACAAUGUCACAAUUCUUUGUAUUGUGCCUGUUGUCAUGAUAUUAACCUUAAUAAAUAGUACUU